CUUGACCCUCCGGUUCCGCCCCUGCCGAGUGCCGAUUGGCUGUAGAGUCCAGAGACGACACUCCCAUUGGCUGAGCUGAGUGUCUGUCUGGUUCGGCGUCCCGGGGAGGCUGGCGCGCGGCCGAAGGACAAGGAGGAGAUGGUGCGGUUCAAGCACAGGUACCUGCUGUGUGAGAUCGUCUCGGAAGACCCCCGCUGCCGGCAGUGCAUCGACGAGCGGGCGGUGAGCGCUGCGGCGAAGGAUGCCGUUGCCCGGACCCACGGGGACUACGGGCUGGCCUGCUGCUCCAUCUCCUUCACAGUGAAAUAUCUCAAUGCCUAUACAGGCAUAGUUAUCUUGCGUUGCCGAAAGGACUUCUACAGGCUCCUAUGGUCAGCUCUUCCCUUUGUCACUUACUUAGAGAACAGGAACCAGCGUUAUUCCUGUUUCUUCAACACACUACAUGUUGGAGGGACAAUAAGAACAUGUCAGAAGUUCCUUGUUCAGUACAAUAGGAAACAGCUGCUGCUGCUAUUGCACAACUGCACCAGUGAAGGAAGAGGAAACAGAAGCAACACCAACGAAUCCAGUCAAUUCAGGGGAAUCUAUAUUAGACAUUGCUGCUUCCAAAGGUGCCUGAAGUGGAUCCCAACCCUACUCCCAGCCUGGAAAAAGUGCUUCAGCAAGUAUUGGAAAGUGCUUGACAACCACUCACUGCCAAGUUGAUGGAUGUUCUGCUGGAGGAUGGGAGAAACAAGAAACUUUCACUUCAGAUUCCCUGACCAGUGCACCUUUCUAGGCUAAAGGGUAUCAGAAAACCAUGAGUUCCCACCCAUGGCUGUUUAUAUUUCUCUGGACUGUCAUUGAGCAAAGCACCAUAUUCCUACCAUAGGAAGCAGGCAAGUAUCACCACUGUGCCCCAUUUUACAAAUAAAAAGGGUUUUACAAGAGCAUUUUUGGCAGAACUAGAAUGGAAUCUAGUUCUUCAAUGACAGACCCACAUUUCAUCCGUUCAG